UUUGCUAUGGGGCCAGAACAGAGGGAUACUAAUUAGCACAAGUACAGAGUUGUGCAAACUUCAACACCACAUGUAAAAGAGGGAAAAGGAGUUGAAUGGAGAGGGGUUAUGAACGUUAUGCUGAUGACAAUGGAACCGUACCACAUUGCAACGCUUUUUAGGUUACCUGGCAAGGAUUAGCCAACAGCAAUCCAUUAUAUAACUUAUACUUCCGCUCUCGUUCACUCGUCUCGAUACGCCGCUUCUUUUCGAGGAAACCCCAGAUGAUCAUAGCUUUCCAAAAUCAAUACUGAACCAAGCCAUGUCUGCAAACUCUUCGACAGUUUUUCCUGAGGUAGACGGAGUUACCGUCUUCGCCCUGCCUCCCAAAGGCUAUACCCCCGAUCUCAAGAGCCCGGCAGAACAGAGUGCGCUGGCGCACUUCCUCAUCUUCGGGAUCGUUGGGUUUCUGGCCUUCAUCGCACUGUGCCAGCGCAUGUUCACCAAGAUUUUUCUCAUCAAGGCUAUUCAUAUUGAAGACUGGUUUAUGUGCAUUGCUUGGAUCUUUUCCAUGGUAAUGCAGUCAUCACAAAUACACUCAAUUGUUAUUGGCGGUUUGUGCCAUCACACAUGGGAAAUGCCAAUCGAGGUAUUCGAAUCCAGCAUGAUUGUCUCAUAUAUUGCUGCGCCCUCCUUUAUUCUUUGCAACGGCUUUACCAAGAUAUCGAUAUUGUUGUUUUACCGGAAAAUUGCGCCAACCCCAUGGUUCCACCGCAUGAUCUGGGCUACAAUUUGCGCAGUUAGCCUUUAUACGACUAUCAUCGCAAGCAUGCUUCUUUUUGGCUGCAGACCCAUUAGGUCUUUUUGGGUGCCAGAAUUACUGGGUACGGGUCACUGUCUUGAUGCAGCGGUCCUAUACAUGGCGAUCGCAGUCUCGAACAUUGCCUCGGAUUAUAUUCUGUUCAUACUCCCAAUCCCGAUCAUUUCUCCGCUUAAAAUGCGUUGGGCCCAGAAGCUCGGCGCUUUGUUUAUUCUGAGCAUUGCUAGUUUCACCGUUAUCACUUCGGUCAUCCGACUGCAACUUCUACCUGCGUUGUUGACAUCAACGGACAUUUCCUGGGAUGCAGGGCCUGCAAACGUUUGGUCCAUUCUCGAAGCCAACCUUUUCAUCAUUUGCGGAUCCAUGCCCACUUUGAGCAAAUUCGCCAAACACUUUUGGGCUCCUUUCCGAGAUAGCUCAUCCAGAGGACCCUCCGGCGGAGACGGGUAUGGUGGAAAUAUACGGCUUAGAAGGCAUAGCUUCGGCAUUGGCUCCGCGACACAUGAACUUGGCGUCAUCAAGGCGUCAUCCUCUAUGGGUCCAAAAAAUGGUAACUCAGGUUCGGGUCCGUCUUUAAGCAGCUCGAGGACAAGUGGCAUGGCCGAUUCCUCGACGCAGCUGACGGAUUGCUGAAGCAGUUUCUCCUAUCUCCAGUGUACGGGCCUACGGGCGAUAAGGGUGGACAGCAUAGAAGGUAGCAAAGUAGAUGGCUAAGGGGCAAAAAGCUUUUACUGCCACAUUAUUUUUCUAAAAG